AUGGGCAGUAUCGUGAGCCUGGUAGAGCUAGUGAAGUUAAAACUUUCCAGUCCUUGGAAGCAGGGGGGAGAUGUGUAUCACUCGAUGACUUUAUUUGGCGUAGGGGGUGUUGCUUUUCUCACUCUCCCUUUCACCAACCCCAGACGUGAACUGAGACUGUCAGUCAUUGUUAGUAGCCAAGGUCAGAACAUGCAGGGCAUCCUGCAAUUAGUGAGACACGUGGUUUCCUUUGAGUCUUUUAUCAAAACUAGAUUAUUUCAGCCUACAGAAGCCUUCCAGAGCAGCUUCCAUGCCUGGAUAAAUCCAGAUCUCAUUGUCUUUUCAGACUGGGCCCUCUCACCUCGGCCCAGCCUUCCUUCACUUGCAGCUUUUUGUCCUUUGGAGGGAGGAAUAUAG